UUUCAGCGUUCUUAGGCCGCGUCGACUGAGGAAGUGAUUGUUGGAUUUUUUUUAAGUUAUUGUUUGUUUUUCUACCGAAAAUCACUAACGACGGUUUUGUAAUUCUAACUUUUACAAGAAAAGUUGUCGAAAGAGCAGAAAAGGGAUUCCUAUUUCCUGUUGGUUUUCCAGCGCCUUGGACGAUGUAUGCCGCCAGAUACGACGGCCACAGUGAUCGCCAUGAGCGGAUCGACUUCCUGAGCAGCAAAGAGAAAGCCCAUUCCAAGCGGAAGCUGUGGGCUGUGAUAGGCAUUUUAUUGGCAGCCCUCAUCCUUGCUGCCGUAGCUGCUUUCCUAAUUUGGCUGUUUGUCUUUAAGGAGGCUGAAGAAGCCGCCAUCAGUAGGCAGACAACUCCUGCAGAGGUCGUGUUCAGUGGUCACAUGACGCUUCCAGAUGUCAAAUACAACCAGCAGCUGGAGGACACCAGCAGCCCCGAAUUUGAAGCACUGGCAGAUAAUCUGGAGGCAAUUCUGGAGGAAAACAUCAAGAAAGAUUCAUUCCUUGCUACGUACUACACAAAGUCUGUGGUCACAGCGUUCAGUGAGGGUGUGAUAGCUUACUAUUGGUCCCAGUUUGACAUCCCAGUGGAGGACCUGGAGUUUGUGCCAGAGCUGUCAGAGGAGCUGGUGUUAGAGACUCUGGAAAAUGGAAUAAAAGAUCAGCAAAGGCAAAGGACUACCGGCCAGAUGAAGAUCAAUGAAAUCACAGCCACACUCACCGACGCUCGCAUGGCCAGGAACCCCCGAGCCAAGGAGUGUUUUUUCCGACUGGAGGCUGAAGGAAAAGAAUCUGAGUUUUCAUCACCGGGCUUCCCCAGCGGCUACCCCCCGAGGUCUCGCUGUCAGUGGCAAAUCAGAGCCUCCGCUACAGACGCCAUCUCCGUCAAGUUCCCUUUCUUCUACGUGGAGGACGACUGCUCCGAUGACUUUGUGUCCAUUUAUGAUUCUUUGAGUCCAGAUGAAUCUCAGGCCAUCACAGAGAAGUGUGGUCAUAGGCCUCCCGCCAACCCUCUGGAGGUGGUGUCUUCUGGUAACAUCAUGCUAAUCAACCUGAUUACUGACAGUGAGGUCCAGCGACCCGGCUUCCGGGCAGUGUACAAAGCCAUCCCCAAAUCUGAGGUGACGCACUGUGGCGGUGAGCUCUCUGCAAGCACGGGAGUCUUCACCUCCCCUCUCCAUCCCAGCUUCUAUCCUCCAGCUGUGGACUGCAAGUGGACCAUUAAGGUCUCAGCUGGGAAAAAGGUGCGCUUGAGGUUCAACAUGUUCCGCAUGAAAGAGCCAGGAGUGGACAUCCGUCGAUGUCACAAAGAUUAUGUACAGAUUAUGGACAACAAAUAUUGUGGCGAGCUGUCCUCCUUGGCUGUGACCAGCACCACUAAUGUCCUAGAGGUGACCUUCCACUCUGAUGAGUCAUAUACCGACAAAGGUUUCAGUGCUAAAUACAGUGCCUACGAUCCUGGAAACCCUUGCCCCAACAUGUUUGCCUGCGAUUCUGGCAUUUGCAUCUCCAAAGAUCUUGCGUGUGAUGGCUGGAACGACUGUGGCGAUAUGAGCGAUGAAAAGAACUGCAAGUGCGACAAUGACCAGUUUGGUUGUCGUAACGGUCUGUGCAAACCUAAAAUGUGGGUGUGCGAUCGCGUUAACGACUGUGGUGACAACACUGACGAGGAAAGUUGCAGUUGUGAAGAGAACGAGUGGCGCUGUGGGAAUGGUGUGUGUCUGCCUCAGGACGUUGUGUGCGACACAAAGAUAGAUUGUGAGGAUGGCAGCGACGAGGCCUCGUGUGAAACCUCACCGGGUAUCUGCUCUGACUUCAGCUUCAAGUGUAAGAGCAGCGACUGUGUCAACAAGGUCAACGCCGAAUGUGACCGCGUCAAAGACUGCUCUGAUAACUCGGACGAGGCCAGCUGCAAUUGCGGCACUCGACCAUACAAGCUGAAUCGGAUCGUCGGAGGCCAGAAUGCCGAAUUCGGAGAAUGGCCUUGGCAGGUCAGCCUGCACUUCAUGACGUAUGGGCACGUUUGUGGGGCUUCCAUCCUCUCCGAGAAGUGGAUUCUUUCAGCUGCUCACUGCUUUGUCACCCACGACCCAGAGAACCACAUAGCAUCCAACUGGCAAGCGUACAGCGGCAUGCAGGACCAGUACAAGCAAGAUGGAGUCCAGCGCCGUGCCGUGAAGAGGAUCAUCAGCCACCCGGAUUACAACCAGAUGACCUUUGACUACGACAUCGCCCUGCUGGAGCUCAGCGAGCCUCUGGAAUUGUCUAAUACUAUCCAACCCAUCUGCCUACCCGCUUCCUCCCACGUCUUCCCUGCAGGCAUGUCCUGCUGGGUCACGGGUUGGGGCGCGCGCCGAGAAGGAGGUCAAAAGGCGCAGCUCCUGCAGAAGGCGUCGGUGAAGAUCAUCAACGACUCUGUGUGUAACGUGGUCACGGAGGGCCAGCUCACCUCCCGGAUGCUCUGCAGUGGUUUCUUGGCCGGAGGAGUUGAUGCAUGCCAGGGUGACUCAGGAGGGCCCCUGGUUUGCUUCGAGGAGAGUGGGAAGUGGUUCCAGGCCGGGAUCGUGAGCUGGGGUGAGGGCUGCGCUCGCCGCAACAAACCCGGUGUCUACUCUCGCGUCACCAAGUUGAGAAAAUGGAUCACAGAGAAGACAGGCAUUUUUACCAAUCAAUCAAAGUCUUCCCCCAACUCUUCAUCAACACCACGCAGUUAUUUGAUUUGAACGCCGACUAACCUUCCAAAUCGUCACCCACCUUGCAAAAAAGGAGCACAACAUGAAGAUGGUUGAGACCCAUAAAUGGUUGAACUGUGGAAAAAUACUUUGUGGUGUGGGUUCACUAACAUCUGCAAACCAAAUAUUGAAAUAAGUAUUAUUUAUUUUAAGGAGGAGAGUGUUUUGAAUAUGAAUGUUUCCUAAUAAAGACAAAAUACUUUAAGACUUGUACAAUUGAUUUGUAUUGCACACAUGUGUGUUCUAUUUGAGAGAGUGAUGAUGGCAAUAAACUGCUCUGAUUGGA